AUGUGUGAAUUUUGUUCAACCCUGUGUUCAUAAUGAUUUUUGACAGCACUCUGUGUUUAGGUUGAGUACAGUGUUUACCUUUAAAUACUGGUUGUGCCGAUUAUUUUAAUUCAAACUCUUAAUUUAUUCAUAUAUCCACGUUUCCUGCUAAAAUGGAUGAUUUCAAAUCAACUAACAAUAAACCUACAGUGUUAUCAACCGCGAAUUCAAUCAACAAAGUGCUCAAAAAUGAAAAAUCGUCUGCCGAUAAAACUGAACUGCUGAAGAGCCUUUGCAAGUCCGAUAACCCUAGAACAGUCCAAUUGGCCGUUCAAGCUUUACUGCAGCUUAUUCGCGAUGGGUCACUUAAUCUCAGUCAAUUGCUUGGAAUUCUGGUGCCGGCUUUAGCAGGUGCAUCUACGGCCACUUUCGCGGCGAUAGCAAAUGGUAUUUUUGAGUUGCUUUUGCUGGAUUUACAGCGACGCUGCAGUGGCCCAGAACGCUACAUUUGCCAGUUCGACAUCAAAUCGCCCCAGCAUCCCUUGAUAGUACUACUAGAUAAAAAAGAUGUGACCAACAUGCUGUUUUUUACUCAGAAAGUUCAGGAGAUCUGCCUGCAUCACGAUCAAAUUAUUCGACGGAACAGUAUAGAGUUUUUACGACCAAUCUUCCUGUAUGUCUUCAACCACGAGAUAAUUCUGCCGGAAAGUAUUAAAAUGUGGCAAGCGUUAUUGAAAUGUUCCGCAAAUAAUGAUUGUGCAAUAGACAUUAUCUAUGAAAUUUUAGCUUGGUCCAAAACGUCAACUAACGAAAAAGUGCUUUUUACAGAUAGCUUACUAAUAGAAGCACUGGACGUUUUACCCAGUGAUAAUCGGUACGAGCAGCUGAGAUGUGAUUUGUGUUUCUAUCUGGCAGCCAUUAGCAAACAAUUGGUUUUGUUAAAUUAUGAUCCGACACAAAACUUCCGCCUAAUCAUGUCUAUUUUGUAUGGCACAAAGAAUAGCAGCAGUUUGGAUCGCACUGUUUUACUAAUGAUAUUAGCUGAACUUCUGCAAACUAUAGCACCCGCUCAUGUUCUGGAAUUGUUGCGGAUAAUACGGUUUUUACUCGACCACGGAUGUAAUCGAUUAAGUCAGUUGAUGGUUCUAGACGGCAUUGUGCAACUUCUAGGACAGCCGACCUUUAUCGAUAGUUAUGUAGGGGAAUGUAAUAUUAUUUUACAAACGUGUCGACAGAACAUCAAUAAGUCGGUUUCAAAGAGCACAAGUACCUAAAAAUUCGUGAUGAACUUUCACGCUGACUUGGCUAAAUAUUAUCAUUUUACACAAUGGUGGUCUUAUUUUGAAAGUAAACAAGUUUUACGCGAGGAUUUGGUGAACCGAUUGAUGAAGAAUUCGAAGUUUGCUCAGAAAAACGAUCUGAUACUACGAGCUUUAUUUCACGACAACGAAAUGCCAUACAUAAGUUGGAAAAAUAUAUUCAAUUGCCUGUUGAAAUUAUCUCGAUCAGAUGAAGCUAUCGGAUCCCGAAUCCGUACACCAAUACUUUUUGCGCUUGCAAAUGAAAAUGGUCCCCAAAUGCGUUUGCAUCUUCUGCAUGCACUAGCUUCAAUGGGUGCAAAGGACCAUGUACUGGGCGUCUUGAAGGCGCUCUCCAAGGAUAUUGAUCGGGCAACAUGUUUAGAUUUGUAUCUGCGCCUAUGGAAGGCAGAGCCGAGAACGUAUCCGUUUUUAUAUGACAUCAUCAAAGACAACAGUUUUCGCCCUGGUAAAGAGGACCCAUGGGAAACAACCCUAGCACGGACGUAUACAAUAAGGGAGAUUUGUUUGACUAAACCUCAGCAGCACGGAGCAGAUCUUGUGAACAUGUUUUCUGAGAUUUUAAGUAGUCCAGAAGACGCAAGUAACGAAGCAGCUGUGGCACUGGCACUCGAUGCAAUUGCUAGCUUGUGCGAAAACCAUGUGAUCAACAUUGUCUCAACUUGGAAAGUGUUGGGAUUCAAAUUUACGAAGGAAAAGCGACCACGCGUUAUUCGCAGCUUAUGUAAGUUUUUUGUCAAUGUUGCCUCUAUACAAGUAAGCUCGCUUGAGCAGGAAAAGCUAUUGAACGAAGUUAUUAUUAAACUAUGGCAGUUUGUUACUGACUUUGAUGAUCGUGAGGUGAUAGUUGCUGCGCUUGAGGCUCUAAAAUCUUUUCCACCGGAAAUGAUGAAUAUAUUUCAAAUACCUGAUGUGUUUCGACAGAACAUUACUCUUCCCACCGAGGACGAUAACACUUUGGAGGCAAGAGUCAUUCCUGGUGAAUGCUGGGUUCAGCUAGUUCAGUGUGUGAAUUAUUGUGCGGUUGAAGAAGCAGGAGAUUUGGUGGCCUCUCACAUUCGCAACGAGAUGGAAAGUUAUCGGGGAGGAGUUUACUUGAAUCCACCAGGACGACCAGAGCCUACAGCUUUGAGAAAUCUUCCAAACAGAAGCAUUCUGGCAGCCGUUAUUCAACGGUUGAAAACUUAUAAACGUUCUCAAAUCGAUCCGGAUAACAAUGAAGUGCUGAUUUAUAAUCUUUUGAGAAUAGUAGCUAAACGGUAUCCGAAGCCGAUUCCUCCUCUAGACUGGUGCUUUUUGCACGAAUACUUUCAAAGCUGCUUCGAAAUGAAGAAAUAUUGCCUGCAGAUUGCUAUAAAACAGAUGCCAUACUCAGGAACCGCCAAACGAUUGGUCGAAAACUACCUAAACGAAAUGAUUGAAGCUUAUAUGAAGGUGGAGGACGUGCUGACUAUAUUCGAAUUGCUUGAUAUCGUCACCGAGUUCGUGCAAACCGAUAUCUACAAAAGAUUUCUUAACUUAAGCCUACAGUUUCUACUGGAACGUUCUGAGGAUGAGAGUUUCAAAAGCCAGUGUUCACCGUUCCGGACAGUCGUUAGCCAUUUGAAAACGGUUGUCAGUCGGGUGUACCAGAAUGAGGAAAACUUUCAAUAUUUCUGUGCGACUCUGGAGAACCUGUUUAGUAGGUUCGCGGUUGAUAGUAAGCUUUUCUCAGACUACAUCGAGGUGCUGAGUAUGCUUCCGUCGAAAUACGUAGCAUCUUUGCUAAAACCAAGCGGCUGGAUCGAUAAACGAAACUUGGAAAAAUUGCAAAAAUCUAUUUACUUGCAGUUUUCUAUCCACAAAUAUAAUACAUCCGAAGUUGGCCACCAAUUGCUGGGACUUACCGACAUACUACGAACAGUUUCCCAACUGGACCAAACGGACGAGAAAAUACAGCGGUAUUUUCAGCUAUCCUUUAUGGAUUUUGUUGCCUCACAGAACAACCAGAGUAAAAUGCUGACGGAUUGGAUAGCGGAGUUGAUGUCCUACAUUCAAACCGACCUAGCGGAGACAAAAACAACCAAACCAACGAAAGUAGUUUUGUUUAUACUGGACGUGUUUGUGAUGGCAGUGAUAAGCUUGUCUGGUUACGCAGGACUCUUGGCACCAGAUACAGUUGUUGAUUGCGUUGCCAGUAGGUUGACCAUUUUUCCACCAAGUCUUGAGAUGGUUUUCCAGCAGAAUCUUUGGAGGGAAAUAGAAAUCAAGAUUUAUGAAUUUAUGUACCAUUUGUACAAUCACGCAUUGAUUCCAGCUAACUACGCAGAGAGUUUGAGGAAUGCUUGGAUAUGCUGUAAAGAGCAAUCAUAUUUCCAGCAGCCGAGAAUAUGGCCAAAGUUUGUUACUCUCCGGCGAUUGUAGAUUGCGGCACUGGCUAUUGUAAGUACAAGUGAAUGUUAUUUUAAACAAAUGUGAAAACUGAACCUCUAAUGUAUUCCAAAUGCCAAUAGCAUCUUGUUGAAAAAUGGUUUCUUUUUGUGCCUUGUUUAUGAAUAGAAUUUUCAUUUGUAUAACAUAA